GAAAGUUAACCGAAUAAUAUGGUGGGCGUGAUAUUUGGAAUAUAUUAACUUCAGCAGGAAUAUGACAGUUGAAGCAGUAAUUAGGUUCACACCGUAUUGUUAUAUUGUUACUUAAUUGCAAUCGUAUAUUGUUCCAAAAUUGAAAAAAACGUUAAACUUUAAUAAAAAACUUAUUUGAAAAGUAUUUGUUUCAAAAUCGAAACUAACCAUUGAUUUUAAUAACAUGUAAUUACAACAGAAAGGUGAUUUUAGAAGAAGUGUUAAACCAAGACAGUUCAAGGGACGCAGCUACUAUAUUGUCGAUGGAUUAUGCGAGUGUAUGAAAAACAACUUGACAAAAUCGGCAAAUCUGAUCUGCAAGGUCUGAAACGUUCUUCUUUGUAAACAUCAACACACCAUUCAUACAACACGAAAGCAUAAAAUAAUUCAUAAUAAGGAUAUAGAUUCAUUCCCGUUAGUAAUGGAUAUGAAAGGUAUGGACAUAUGCCAGUCGGAUGGCAAGAAGAUCAAAUUCUACUGCCAUGAUCACUCAAAACUCUGCUGCACUACUUGUGGUAUCUUACAUGCAAAAUGUCAAUUAGACGAAAUAUCCAGAGUGUCUGGACGCAAAGUGCCCGACCCGAGUUUCUUAAAACAGAUUUUACUACAAUCAGAAGCUGAUGCAGACUCUUUAAUCGCGAACUGUAAGCAGUCAAAGACGGGUUUGAAUCAGUCAAUUGCAAACAUUUCUAAAGAAUUGCAGGAAAUGAGAGACCGUGUCAUGAAACUUUUUGACAUGGCUGAGAAAAGAAUAAUGAAUGAAGCGAAUGCAGUAAAAUCUGUGGAGGUCAAGCGACUUGACGAUAUAAAUGCAGCAUCUUCCAAGAUUAAUCAAGUGUUGUCAGUUUGCUCCGCUCUCUUGGAAAAUGGAACGCCAGAUCAAAAGUACAUAUUCUGGAGGAAUUUUCAGCAGAGAAAUGAAACCUUCAUAUCUGAUAUAACUGAACAACGAAACGAGCAAGUCACAACAAAAAUGACAUUGUCUUUUCCGAAGGAGCUAACAACAAUUCUCGAAAAAGGAAACAACGACAUUAAGCUUAAUUGCGAGCGCAAGCAAACAGUGGAAACCAGUCUUAUCAGCUUAUCAUCCCAACCAAGGCCCAUCACUCUGAAGCUGCUCGUGUCCGUGGAUCUACAGAAGACUGGAGAUGAUAAGGAGAAGCCUCUCCUCAGUGGACUGGACUUCCUGCCUGACGGGAGACUGGUAGCCGUGGAUAACAGGAACAAGAACAAGAAAUGUAUCAUACUGAAUGAGCGACUAGAGAGACUUGGAACACCGUACAAGUUCAAGGAUUACCCAUACAGCGUAGUAUGUGUGUCUCAUGAUACACUGUGUGUAACGGGUGGUGGUGCUGGUAAAGUAGUAUGUCUCCUGUCUGUGAGUACAGACAAUACCAUCACACUGACCAGGGAGAUCAAUACAACAUCACUGUUCGACUCUAUAUGCUGCAUGUCUCCAUCUAACAUGGUCGUGAGUACGUACAAUGAUCCCCGUCCUGUGAGAAUGAUAUCAGUGGACGGGGUAGAGUCAGACUUUGAUUACUUCCUGACGUUUCCUAUGAAGACUUACAAAUUAGAUGAGAGUGCGUGCACGUAUGUCCAGACUAAGAACACGUUAGUACUGACUGACCAACUCGCUCACACUGUGUACAUGAACGACACCGUGAAUGGCACAUCUAGAGCAGUCACUAAUGAGAACAUACAGGAACCUCGUGGUGCCUGUGUAGGACCUGGUUACACGGUGCUGGUGUGCAGUAGUGCUAACGACUCCAUCGUGCACCUGACCAUCCACGGUAAAAUGCUCGGUACCUACCCAGUGGAUAUGAAGUCACCGAACAGCAUAUGUGUGUCUAAGGAUGGCACUAGGAUUGCUGUGUCUAACAACUAUAGAGGCGCCAGGAAACUUCAGUUGUAUAAGAUAUCACCGGCAAUGAGUUAGGUUACUUGUAAGAUGUUGACCAUGCGAUCAUUUGUGUACACAAAUUAAAUAUAAACGUUUAUGUGGUGACGUUAAAUCAAUACUCUUGCGUUUAAUAAAAUAUGAAUAAUGUUGUUAUUAGGAUUGAUCGCUUUACCAUUUCAAACUGUCUCUGUAUUGAGAAUUUAUGAUUUUAUGAUUACUUAAAAUGCGUUUUUAAUACAUUUAAAAAAACUGCAAGAAAUGUUAUAUUACUUUAAAUGCAGUGUGUACGUAAUACUUUAAUUCACAAAACAUGCAUUUUUAAUGUUUUGUAUUCACAUUCAAUAUUCUAUGGUAUACUAAUGAUCGCGUUAAAAUGUUAUAUAUUUCUGUUGCGUCACUAUCCUCUUUAUUGAAGCGCGUUGAAUAUUGAUCAAGGUAUAUAAAUUUACUGCCUGGGUUAAGCCUCAGUCACAAAUAAUACUUUCGCCGGUCGAUGUGUCCGAUCUCCAGGAAUCGGGAAGACUGGACCCGUCCACCGUCCGAUGUGUGACACAGGUUAAUACCUCAGUCACAAAUAGAGACCGAUCACCGUCCGAUCAGUUGAGAUCGAAAAUAAGAUCUGCCUAUCAACGCACGGUUAUCGCCCGAUAUCGGAUGCGUUGUAUGUGUAUCAUGACUAGCUCCAUCCGGCGUCCGUCAGUCAAGAACAGGGUAGCCACCAAUUUAAUCUGAUUAAAAAAAUAGGUAUUUACAAUUCUAAUUUGAUUUUGUUUUUCACAUCAAUGCGUUGUGGUAUUUUUUCGAUUUUAUUUUGUUCGUUAUUAGAAAAGAAAACAGAAACAAAACUUAUUUAAAAGUAAGCUGAGAAAUGAAUUUAUUUUUUAACGACGAGGAUAUCUACCAGAAAGCUAUAUAAUUACAUGUUUAUGAAGACAAUUUUAUUAUUUUAUUUUCCCAACUGUUUUGCUGUAUUCCGAUAAUUGCUAAAUAACUGUCUAACAUUGCAUUCUACGUCUUUUUCGCGUGUAUCAUAUACUAUUUUGAUUAUAUAUAGAGGGUGUGUCUACAUUGUUUAUCACAGUGAAGAAUUUAAUCAAAAUUAGCGCACACAAUCAUAUUUGGACCAUUCUGUAAAUAUUAUGUCUUAAUAUUAAAUAUGAAUAUAUAAUCGCUGUAAAUUAUCCAUAUGUUAAUGAAAAGAAGUUAUUUUGUGUUUACCUUUUAGUUUCAAACACCCAAUUUUGCAGGAAAUAAAAAAGUUGAUUGAUAGUUUUUUUAAAUUAUUUCUUUGCCAUUAGGUCACACAUACAAUAUAUUUUCCUUACCCCUUGUUUUCAUGGUUUCGAAUUUGUUUGCUGCAAAAUAAUUUCCCCAAAAAAUGAAAACAACAUAAUUGUUAAGCAAAUGUAUUUUUUUCUAUCGUUGUACAUUCAAUCUUGUAUAUGCAUUAUUUAAUCUUUUUUGUUUUGCUUACAAUCAUACGAACGUUGCACAUUUGUCUCCGUUUUCCCCUAAAUGACAAUAAUGAUUUGUAAAAAGAAAAAAGGACAAACUUUUUGGCGUGAACAUUUAUAAUGUAAACCCAUGACAAGCAUUUUAUGUUGAACAUGUAUGAACGUAAUGUUUCAUUCUUUCGUAAACUUUGUUCAAUCACACGUGUUUGUGUCGAUGCUGAGAACGAUUUACUUCAUAAAAUAUAUAUUUAAAACAUAUAAUGUGUGGUGAGAAUAUGUCAUAUGUAUUAACAAUCACUAUAUAACGUAACGUUAUUUGGCAACGUGUUGUACAAUACGGCGUUAUAUUUGGACCAUUACACAGCAGACAUACCAGCUUAGUAUUCCAAUUCUUUACGAGAACAGAUGUAUCCUAGAAAUUGUUCAGAACGCAGUUUCAUAUAUAUUUUGUUUAAUUAUUUACAUAUUAUAUCUUUCAUAUUUUUCAGUUGCUAGCAUUUUUCACGUUUAUAUAUACAGCAAAGACAAUUCCGCGAACGAUCGUUUCGUAUUCAUAAUUCCUAAGAGAUAAGUAAGCAAAAUAAUUUAAAUAUAGUUUAAAUGUUGAACACAUUCUCGAACCGUGAUUUUACAGACCAGUAUUACGUCUUGUUUCAACACGAUGUAAAUCAUAUCACUUUUUCAUUA